UCAAAUAUCUCAAUUCCCGGGCAGGCGCGAGUUACGAUUGUCGCGUGUAGCGGUUAGGUUCCCCCAUGGUAUGUACAUGAGGUGUAACCGCUAGCUAAUGCACGCACGAGAGGACAAGCUUGCGCGAACGCACGUUAGUUUGGAACGGUGUCAAUCGAUCACCUAGCCAGAAGCGAGAAUCAUCCUCAACGUGGCAGCCGGCUCGUACGAGUGCGAGUUGCCGCACGAGCGGAGGUUAUGGCGAAGUACCUGAUACAGAUCAUCGUGAUGGGCACGCAGGUCGUCGGCAAAGCGUUCGCACGUGCGUUGCGCCAGGAAAUCGCGGCGAGCCAGGAAGCUGCACGAAGGGCAGGUGGUGGAAGGCAGGGCGCGCAACACGCCGCUGCCAAUACCAGAAGCGGGCUCACGCUGGACGAGGCGCUUCGCAUCCUCAACGUCGAGCGUCCUGAUCAGAAGGAAUUGAUCGAACAAAACUACAAAUAUCUCAUGGAAGCUAACGACAGAUCGAAGGGCGGUUCGUUCUACCUACAGUCGAAGGUUGUCCGUGCCAAGGAACGCAUCGACGAUGAACUGAGGAACCAAAAGGCCACCGAGACACCACCGUCCUCGCAAACGAGCUCAACGAGUCAAGAAGCUUCCAGGCAGCCAUAGGAUUUAUCUCUAGUCUAUUCUAAUUCUAGAAGUCUGUACAUAACGAUGUAUAUGUGCAUCAUACUAAUAAAUAGCAAAAUUCGAUCAUCGAGAUC